CUAUAUAAUUUGUUUACUUUCAUAAAAGUAAACCUGUGUGUACCGUGAUACUUAUUUGUAGGUGAUGGAGUUAUAGAGUUAACUUAAAACGACCAGAGAACAGACUAUUAUGAAGUUUUUUACUCUGGGUCAAUGUCUUGUCCUAUUUUUAAUUCUACAGCAGCAUCUUUCCAGAGGAUACUUAAAUUUGUAUCUUAGUUUAUUUGAAGUUCAAAGACUUAUAGGUCUUGUGGCAGAGUUGUAUUUUGUCAGAGAUGGUGUGAAAAAUGAAUAUGCUCUUAACUAUGUCGUACCAAUUCCAUCUAAAAUUGAUGAUUUGUACUUUACUUGGCAGAGUUUGGCAAAACAACAGGUGCUUUCAUACUCGCUUGAAGUUGAAACAUCAAAUACACAGGCAUUAUCAACACCAAAGUUAAAUAUAUCAAAUAGAGGCAAUGUACCGACAUCAGCACAGACAUUCGUAAUAUCUUUGCCUUGUUCUGGACUUGUAGAUGCAGAAGUUGAUGUUAAAAUAAAUAUAAAUUUCACAAUUUCUCACACAAACAAAACAAAAAUUGUAUUAUAUAGGAAAAAAAUUUGUCAUCAGUAUGAGAACCAAAAUCCAAACGUUUCUGUUGAUUCGAUGUUGUAUUAUUCGAAUUCAGUAAAUAUAUUUUAUGUUGCCGUGUUUUGUGCCACCUUUUUGAUGUUAAGUCUAGCCAUAUUUGUAAUAUUUUACUAUAUUAGAGAUAAAAAAGGGAGAGCGCCAAGAGAAACUAGUAAUGGACAAACAACGUUUCUCGCUUCGUUGCCACGAAAUAGUAUUAUUGCCUCCUCGUACGGAAGCUUUAGACGAAUGCCAAGUUAUUAUCUCAUAGACGAACGAUACAAGAAUUUACAGGAGCAAAUUUUGGAACUCACUAUUCAAAGAUGCAGAGUCCGACUAAACAAUGUGAUAAUGGAAGGCACAUUUGGUAGGGUAUAUGAGGGUUCAUACGUGAACGAAGACGGAGUUAAUGAAAUGGUGGUCGUUAAAACGGUAUCUGAUCAUGCAAGUCAAGUACAAAUAUCAUUGCUAUUGCAAGAGGGCAUGGCAAUGUAUUCCUUAAAGCAUAAAAAUAUAUUAAGUAUACUUAGAGUCUCAAUUGAGGACAAUACGACACCGUUCCUCUUAUAUCCUCAUAAUAAUAACUCCAACUUAAAAAUAUUCCUACAAAAAUGUAAACUAUCUGCUGAAGGAGUAUCACAUACCUUAACCACUCAAGAGGUUGUGGAUAUGGCUUUGCAAAUAAUUCAAGCCAUGCAAUAUCUUCACAAGAAACAUAUAAUUCACAAGGAUUUAGCUACAAGAAAUUGCGUAGUAGACGAUAAGCUUCGGGUACGAGUGACAGACAACGCAUUGUCUCGUGACCUGUUCCCUUCAGAUUACCAUUGUCUGGGAGACAACGAAAACCGCCCGGUCAAGUGGUUGGCCAUAGAAAGCCUUUUACAAAAGACAUUUACUCCAAGUUCGGAUGUUUGGUCGUUUGGUGUUGUUUUAUGGGAAUUAACGAGUCUUGCUCAACAACCUUACAUCGAAAUCGAUCCAUUUGAGGUUGCUGCAUACCUCAAAGAUGGCUAUCGUUUAGCACAACCCAUAAAUUGUCCUGAUGAAUUGUUUGCCGUUAUGGCCUACUGUUGGGCAAUGAGUGCAGAAGAAAGGCCUUCAUUUACUCAAUUAUACGUCUGCUUGCAAGAAUUCUAUGCUCAACUUACUAGAUAUGUGUGACGAAAACGUUUAAAAUGACUGGAUAAAAGCUUCUUAACUUUCUUGUACAAACUCUCGUUUUAAUUAAAAGAUGAAAUUGGAAGUGUAUUUGAAAAGGGUACACACUCCACAUUUUCAACCCGAACGAAGAGGACAAACAAAAUAAAUCGUCUGCUGAAAGCACCAGUAUUAUACAAAUUCGAUUUACACGCCUCGUUUGUUCUAUUCUUUCGUAUAAAAAUGUUCACGAAGAACUAAAUUUAAACGAAAGUUUAUUUUAUUUUAAUUUUUCCUAGUUCUUAAUGAAUUAAGAAAAAAACAAUUCUUUUUUAUUAUUUUUAUAUCAUUAUUAUUAGUUUUAAUAAAACUGUGUAGAUAAUUUUGUGUCUUAUUCCAAAUUCAAAUAUAGAACGAAGA